AAACGACAACUAUUUGGCGUCUGAUUUUAUCGUUUGGAGAAAUGACGCCCUGUUACCGAACAAUUGCACAGUUCGAUAACUGGGGCGGUAUCGGGGCAUCAAAAUGCCUGAUUUUUCUGUACGACAACGAGAUUUGAGGCGGAGAAAAAUUAUUUCAACGGAGGAUUGCGAUGUCUUGGAGAUGAAAAUGUUUUUUUGAGUAUUUCUUCAGGACAGAUUUUGGUGCGAUAAAAAUGCUAGUUUAAGAAAGAAAACUGAUAUGAAACUCGAAUAUGUCCUGUUAGUGCCCAGAAAAGUGUUUUUUUUUUCAAUCAGCAACAAUUGUUUUUUGUGCGAAAAAUACAGAGUGCGGAAAGAUAAGAAAUUGAGACAACAAUAAACCUAGUACUUCUAAAAAAAUUAUUCCCGAAACACUGUAGAUCCAUUUCUAAGAUCCACCUGAAUGAUGCUUUGGUACAACAAUAAAUAAUAAACAAUAACCGAAACGGGAUGAAUCAUGGGCGAUUUGAACAAAUCCAGUGAGACCAGUUCAUACUUCAGCAGUUUUCUAGCCGACGAUAGCGAAAAUGAGGAAAUUGUCACAGAUCCCAUUCAGGUUGCGGAUGAUGGCGGUCAACAGUUGGCAUCUCCCAGUCAUCCAGCAACCGAUCCCUCCCCAGAAGAUGUUAUCCAAGUUGAACCCAGCACAUCACAUGUCCAACCUGAUUCUGAAGCCAAAUCAUCAGCACACGAGUUCCUGUCUACUGUCGAUGACCUGGAAAAGGUCCUCGAGGUCGACGAUGAGCCUGGAAAACCAGGGAAUGAAUCAUCGGAGCUACCGGACACGAGUUUUGAAACUUCGGAAACAUCUGCAGAUGGUUAUUUGUCGGCGAUGGCUGAGCUGGACAAAGCCCUGGAGAGUGAUGACCAGAUGAAUAAAACAGAAACCACUGAUGACUCGAUGGUGAUAACUGAUGUGCCAGAGCUAUCGCAAGAGGCUGUCGACAUGGUGAUAAGUGAGGAUUGCAAUGCCGAAUAUGAUGCAGAUGAUGAGUUGAAUCGAUCAAGUGAUCAGUUGAUGCCACCGCCUCCAGUACCCGAGCGACCGAUUCAGAUCGUUGAACAGCUGGUGAUUCCUGAACCGACACCAGACAGGCCUCUGGCUAUGGCGAUUCCUGCGAAAUAUGUCGGUGUCAAUGUCAAAAAAAUAUUUCCAAAAUUUCGUCCUAACAAAUCUCUUAGAUUCCUGCAAUUAUUCGAUUCUAUCAACCCCAAGAAAAAUGAAUACUGGGACGGGGUUGCCAGAAAAAGAGAGGAGAAAAAUCGUAUCACUGGUGAUGACACAACCGAUGAUGAAAACCAGGAGCCCAGACCUGGAUGCAGUGGUUGGACGAUGAAUUAUGGCCCAGUUCCAUCAGCCGAUUAUAUUGCAUCAGACGACGAAGAAAAAUUGCUGGAUAUAUCGAGGGUUGAUCAGCCGGUAGAACCGGAACCACCGAGUGUACCUGCUUGGCGUCAUGGACCAGGAAAAAAAUGGUUCGACUGGAUGGGUGUACCCGAAUCUGGUGAGGGUUUUGAUUAUGGAAUGAAACUCGCACCGAAAGAAAAGUCCUCCGAGCAUGAAGCAGGAGGAUCACAAGAUGAUGAUGAUAAAUAUCCGGAUGAUGCUUUCUCGAUGGUUUCUCAAUUGUCGUGGGAAAACGAUGUCAUCUGGGAUGGAUCCGAGCGUAGGUGGAAGGACAAGCCCGCUAAAACGGGGUAUGUAGGAUUUGUGCCUAGCGGGGCUCAGAGAACUAUUCCGCUAUCUCAAUAUCGUUCACCAUCUUUCAUACAUGUGCACAAUCAAAAACUAAAAGAGGACGCUAAGAAUAAAGCUAAGGAUAAGGAUAAGGAUAAGGAUAAAGCUAAGGAUAAGGAUGAGAAUAAGGAUAAGAAUAAGGAUAAGGGUAAGGGUAAGGGUAAGGGUAAGGGUAAAGGUAAAGGUAAAGGUAAAAAUAACCGUCAGAAAUCGGGCAAGAACCAGCAGAAUAAAAAACAGAAUGAGGAGGAAAAUCAAGGCGAGGAUCAGCAGAAUAAGGAGCAAGAUCAGGGUGAGAAUAAGGACGAGGAUCAGCAGAAUAAGGAUCAGAAUCAAGGCGAGGAUCAGCAGAAUCAGGAGGAGAAUCGAGGUGUGGAUCAACAGAACAACAGUCAGGAUCAGGAUAAAGAUCAGGAUCAGGAUGAGAAUGAGGACCAGCAGGCUAUAAAUGAACCCUACGAUGACACUUUCUACUCGCUAUUUACAAUCGACAAUGAAGAUCUUGUGUACGGAGAUUGGGAGAAGGACGUCAUCUGGGAUGCUGACAACAUGGAGAGAAUCCCAGAGCCGAAAAUCCCUACCAUAUAUCUUGACGACCCAAACGUUGUCUGGAGAAUUCCAGAUGACGAGGAUUCGACUAAGACCACUGAAAAGGAGAGCCCAUCAAAGAAGGUGGGUAAUCAGCCCCACAUGAAGAAGAGCAAACGCUUCCUGAGCGACAUGGGAAUCAUUAACGUUGUGCCCGAAGAGGGGCCUUCACUUUUGCCGCAAGUUCCUGUUGAUGAUCCCUUCAAUAUUUCUAACGAUAUUUACUACAUGCCCAGAACGGUGGAGGCCCGGCGGGAUCCCAACGCUAUUCACCACAGUCUACCUGUAAUGGAGCUUCUACCUCCCUUCAUACCAACGCACCUGACACUGGACCAACGCAGGAACUUCCACAGACCCAAAUUGAGGCGAUUCAGAUUCGGCCCUCUCAUCAAUCCGGAUCCGCACCCUGUCCAGUCUCUGUCUCUGUACAUAUUACGACAGGCCAGGAGACGAGCUGAGAUGAGAACGUCCCUCGGUGAUCGCAACAUCUUCGUCAUGAAGACACCCGAAGAUUUGAGUGGUAAAGAUGGUGACAUUGUACUUGUUGAAUUCUCGGAGGAGCAUCCACCGUUGAUGAAUCAGGUUGGCAUGUGUUCAAAAAUAAAAAAUUACUAUAAACGAAAUCCUGACAAACAUCCAGAUCGUCCUCCGCGGUAUAAAUACGGUGAGACUGUCUACGCCCCGACAACUCCAUUUCUGGGGGUCAUGACACCAGGACAGAGUAUUCAGGCGAUUGAAAAUAACAUGUACCGAGCACCAAUUUACGAACACGAGGUACCUCAGACUGAUUUUUUGGUAAUUCGAACACGAAAGCAAUACUAUAUAAGGGAAAUCAAUGGUUUGUUCCUGGCUGGGCAGCAGUGUCCACUUCAGGAAGUCCCUCCACCGACAUCAAAGAAAGUUGUUAGAUUUAUGAAAAAGUUUAUUCAAGUCUUCAUCAAUGGGGUUUUUCGAAAUUGUCGAGGUGCUAAACAAAUUCAAAUGGAGGACCUUAAAAGGGCAUUUCCAGGUCACAGUGAAGCUGCUCUCCGGAAUCAACUAGCUGCAUGUGCAUUCUAUGACAGGGUAUACAGCAACUACUUGGGCUACAACCACUGGAUGAUGACCCCAGGUUUUCCCCUUCCCAGUAGAGACCAAAUUUGCGAGGGUAUCACACCGGAGGAGUGCUGUGCAUAUUUCAGCAUGCUCGCUGGUCAGCAACGAUUGAGAGACGCUGGCUAUGAUGACAAGUGCUGUUCAACUGCUGGAGAUGAUGAUGAUGAUGAUGAUGAUGAUGACAGAGGAAAGGAUGAUGAAGUCUUAGCAGCUCCUUGGAAUACAACACGUGCCUACCUCGAAUUUAAGCGGGGCAAGUGUUUACUCCAAGUGGCGGGUCCUGCUGAUCCUACAGGAUGCGGUCAGGGAAUAUCAUACGUCAGGAUAUCGAAGAAGCCAUCGUGCAAUAAAGAGAAAUACUCGACAAUGCCGAGGGGUCCGGUUAGAGGUACUCCUGGUGAUUUAAGAAAAUUAACUACGUUGGAAGCGCAGGAUAUUCUUGAGACAUUCGGUCUACGAACAGAGGACACAAAAUAUAUGACACGUUGGGAGUUGAUUGAUAUCAUUCGAACUUUUUCAAAUGUGAAAACACACAUUGGUGAGGAAGACACGAUUCAGUUCUCACAAACAUCGAGAAUCGAUGCAAAAGCGUAUAGUGAAAUAUAUAAGGGGGCCUAUCAGAAGGUCUUUCAGCGUGAAAAUCAGAUGCUGUCGUCUGCUGAAGUGUUGUCUAGUGAUCAGGGAGAGACGACGAAUGAUGACAGUUCCGAUAUAGAAGAAAUCAGUAAUUAUAUGAAGUUUUUGUUGGCAAGGGUUCAGAAGGCGCAGCAGAUGACGCGGAGAGGACGAGGGAGCACAAUGUCCAGGGAUGAACGCCGACAAUCUGAAGGUAGUCCGCAAAAAGGGAAAAGGAAGUACAAUGAUGAUGAUUCUCAAAAAUCUGAUAGUAAGGAGCCGAAGGGGAAAAAGAGAUACAGCGGAGACGGUGAUAUGCAAAAAGAUGAUGGUAAAGACCCGGAAGGGAAGAUCAAAGGCAGGAAACAGGAUGAUAGUCCAAGGCCUCGUGGUAGGGACUCAACGGGCUCAAUGAAACGCAAGAAGGAUCAUGAUAACGAAAAAUCUGAUGAUAGGGAGCCGGAAGAGAAAAGGAAGUACAGGGGAGCCGAGGAUAUUCAACAAUCAGGUGAUGGUAAAGAGUCAAAGGGCAAAACGAUAGCCAAAGAAGAUGUUGACACUUCAAAAUCUGAGUCUGGGGAGGCGGAAGGUAAAAGCAAAUACAAGAGAGACGACAAUACUCAGGAAUCUGAUUAUGAUAAGGAGCGAAAGGGCCAAACUCCAACCAAGAAAGGCGAUACACAAAAAUCGGAUUCCAAGGAUCCAAAAGACAAAUCGAAAGCGAAGACAGAUGAUCAUAGUCAGAAAUCUGAUUCUAGGGAGCCAAAAGUUAAAACUCCAGUCAAGAAAGACGGUACAGAAAGACCUGAUUCCAAGGAUCCAAGAGUGAAAACUCCAGACAAGAAAGGCGAUAUACAAAGAUCUGAUUCCAAGGAUCGAAAAGCUAAAACUCCAGACAAGAAAGGCGAUACACAAAGAUCUGAUUCCAAGGAUCGAAAAUUUAAAACUCCAGACAAGAAAGGCGAUACACAAAGACCUGAUUUUAGGGAGCCAAAAGUUAAAUCUCCUGUCAAGAAAGACGGUACACAAAGAUCGGAUUCCAAGGAUCGAAAAGUUAAAACUCCAGACAAGAAAGGCGAUACACAAAAACCUGAUUUUAGGGAGCCAAAAGUUAAAUCUCCAACCAAGAAAGGCGAAACACUAAAACCUGAUUCCCAGGAUCCAAAAGGCAAAUCCAAAGCCCAGACAGAUGAUCAUCCUCUAAAACCUGAUUCUAGGGAGCCGAAAGGUAAAAGUAAAUCCACGACAGACGACAAUACUCAAAAACCUGAUUAUGAUAAGGAGCCAAAGGGCAAGACUCCAACCAAGAAAGACGGUACACAAAGACCUGAUUCCAAGGAUCUAAAAGUUAAAACUCCAGACAAGAAAGGCGAUACACAAAGAUCUGAUUCCAAGGAUCGAAAAGUUAAAACUCCAGACAAGAAAGGCGAUACACAAAAAUCUGAUUUUAGGGAGCCAAAAGUUAAAUCUCCUGUCAAGAAAGACGGUACACAAAGAUCUGAUUCCAAGGAUCGAAAAGUUAAAACUCCAGUCAAGAAAGACGGUAUAGAAAGACCUGAUUCCAAGGAUCCAAGAGUGAAAACUCCAGACAAGAAAGGCGAUACACAAAAAUCUGAUUUUAGGGAGUCAAAAGUUAAAACUCCAGUCAAGAAAGACGGGACACAAAGACCUGAUUCUAAGGAGUCAAAAGUUAAAACUCCAGACAAGAAAGGCGAUACACAAAAACCUGAUUGUAGGGAGCCAAAAGUUAAAUCUCCAACGAAGAAAGGCGACACACAAAAACCUGAUUUUAGGGAGCCAAAAGUUAAAACUCCAGUCAAGAAAGACGGUACACAAAGGCCUGAUUCCAAGGAUCCAAAAGUUAAAACUCCAGACAAGAAAGGCGAUACACAAAGACCUCAUUCCAAGGAUCCAAAAGUUAAAACUCCAGAAAAGAAAGACGGUUCACAAAAACCUGAUUCCCAGGAUCCAAAGGUUAAAACUCCAGUCAAAAAAGACGGUACACAAAGACCUGAUUCCAAGGAUCCAAAAGUUAAAACUCCAGUCAAAAAAGACGGUACACAAACACCUGAUUCCAAGGAUCCAAAAGUUAAAACUGCAGACAAGAAAGACGGUACACAAAAGCCUGAUUCCCAGGAUCCAAAAGGCAAAUCGAAAGCCCAGACAGAUGAUCAUCCUCCAAAAUCUGACUUUAAGAAGCCAAGAGGUACAACUCCAGUCAAGAAAGUCAGUACACAACCACCUGAUUCCAAGGAUCCAAAAGCCAAAUCGAAAGCGAAGACAGAUGAUGACACUCGAAAACCUCAUUCUAAGGAGUUAACAGGCAAACGCAAAUACAAAACAGACGACGAUACACCAAACUCUGCUGACGAUAAGCAGCCAAAGAGCAAAAUUCAAGCCAAGAAGGAUUAUCACACCCAAAAACCUGAUGCCGAGGAUCCAAAAGGUAAAGGCAAAGGAGCCAACAAAGAUGAUACCGAGACGUCUGACGAUGAGAAGCCAAAAAGAAAACGAAAACUCCAGAAAGUGCGGCGGGGAACGCAAGGUCAGUCCAGCAAAGGCCGAUCAAUCAAGACCUUGAAGAUUCAUCGUACAUUCCGAGAUGGCAAUGGGAGGACAUACACUCGGGUAGAAAUAGUACGAAACCCCGCAGUUAUCAACAAAUACGUUAAGCUCAGGACUUCCCACAGUCAAAACUUCGCGAGACUUUAUUCAAGACUCACUGACGAGCAGACGAAGCAGAUGAUCCGAGAUAAGAGGAGACUCAAGAUGGAGUGGAGACGUAGUAAAAAGGCCAAAGAAGCGAACACGUCACUGGCCAGUACUGCUGAUAGCAAUGUUUCGGCUAUCGCCCCCCAUGACACCAGUCUCCAUAGCUCUCAUGUUGUGUCCACCAGCAGUCUUCCAUCAAGUUCUCCUUCCGCUUCUGAGAGUGCUCCAUGUCGCACGCCUGAGGGGUCUCCAUGGAAGCCUUCAAAGAGAAACGCACAAUCAGAGACCAAGUUCAAAUGUGGUGCUUGUGGGAUUGUUGGUCAUAUCAGGACGAAUAAGGUGUGUCCCCUUCAUCCGCGAAGUAUAAAUCCUAGUUCAGCUCCGAUGGUCUUGAUGAAGUCGGCAAUGAUGGGGAAGAAGAAGACUACUCCGCGGAAAGCUAGGAAUGUACAGAUCGUCGAUCCUGGGGAUGUACCGCCGCCUGUUGAUCCUGGGAAUGUGCAGCCUGUCGAUCCUGGGAAUGUCCAGCCUGUUGAUCCUGUGAAUGUACAGCCUGUCGAUCCUGUGAAUGUACAGCCGCCUGUGGAUCCUGAAAAUGUCCAGCCUGUCGAUCCUGGAAAUGUCCAGCCUGUCGAUCCUGUGAAUGUACAGCCGCCUGUGGAUCCUGAAAAUGUCCAGCCUCUCGAUCCUGAAAAUGUCCAGCCUGUGGAUCCUGAAAAUGUACAGCCUGUGGAUCCUGAAAAUGUACAGCCUGUCGAUCCUGGGAAUGUCCAGCCCGGCUAUCCUGGGAUUCUGGAGGUCAUAUUAUCUUCCCCAAUGCUCAAGACGCCCGAGAAAGACUGUAAACGUUUGCGCCCUAUAGGAUUAUUCCGCACAAGUCCACCGAAACCGGCAGAACAAAAAUCUCCUCCUCCUACUCCUCGUCCUCCUCUCCAGCCGAUCCGCACUCCUCCAGAUAUCGAAAUAUCGUUCAUCUUCGAGCGAAUUUUAUACGAACUCCUUGAUAUCCCCGAAGCUCGUAUGUUCAUGAACUUAGAUCCAGCAACUGCUGCAGAAUACUUCGCACAUCUCGAAACUCCGGUUACUAUCGACGGCAUUUUUCGCGCAGUUCGACAUCAAAAAUGUCAAUUCAGAGACGAUUUCCUGUAUUACUUUGAAGAACUUGCUGAGAAUACCUCUUUGCUCUACGGUGAUGACAGCCCUGCUGCGGAUACUGCCAGGACAAUUCUCGAUAUGUGUAAACAAAAACUCCAAGAAAAUGGACGUACACUGGAGAAACUAGAAAAACUGAUGGAUGGAACUACAGGGUACAAUAGCCAACUUUUACUAUCAGUCAUCCUCACGCUUAUUCUCGAUAACAAACUGAAAGUUUCCGACGAAGCCUGGCCCUUUCUCGAAGGGGGCUAUGGACCUUUCCAGCACGACGACGAAUCUAUCGAAAAACCGCUGAACCUUUCGGAAAUGAGUAACAAAAUUGUACAACACUUAUACAGAAGUCGUUUCGAUUUCUUAGAAGAUAUGCUGAACAUUCGACAUAAAUGUGCCAAGUACAUAGGAGAAGAGUCUCUGUUCACGACACUUGCAGACGUUCUGUUGGAGAAAUGUAUAAAGGAAUUGCAUCAAUAUGAUCUUGAUCUCAUUCCCCUGGAAGCUGAGCUGGCGGAAGUAACAAGAAGACAGGAACUAGCCUUGUUACAGGCUUCUAUUGGUGCUAAUGAUAGAACUAAUGAACCAGCACGUGACACUCCUAGGAGUCCAACUCAACUCAAUAUGAAAGACGUUCAGGAACAGUAUGAGCAGGUGUUAAGAAGACAAUCCCACCAAGCUAUAUCAUCUAUCGAUCAGCCGGGACCUUCUUGGAGGUUGACGCCUGCUGAGAUUAGUGAAAAGAUCCUUGCGACGGUUGUAUCUAAUAAUGACAUUGAAGGAGCCAUGAUAACGAUGGCUGAUGAAGGAUCCAGCUCGGGGGUUAUUGGGAAUCAGGGGGAACAACCAGUGCUGGCUGCGACUGAUUUCGAUAUGUCGGAGUUUUUGAAUUUUGCCCGAAUAGCAGGGGAAAGACCGACCAGUGGUGGAGGUGGUGAUGCUUCAAUUCAGCCUGGAGGUCAUCAAAUGCCGGAGGAUAUGCCCGGACCGUCCAAUACGCAGGUGUCAAGUGUGAGGGAUAUUAAUCAAACUGAUGAUGAUGAUGAUUAGCUCAAAUUUUUAACGCAAAGGAACAUUUCCAAAACGCAACCUUGUAGGGGUUUUUAUUUUUAUUUAUGACGUAGCUGUUGUUUUUAUUGUAUUUUCUGGUCAGAGAGAAAGAAUUUUUAAAUUCAUAUACAUAUUUAUUGUGUGGUAAUGAUCGGAGUUCAGGUAGAAAGAAUUAAACAACGGAAGUUAAUGGUUUUUUAAGGGAAUUUGAUGUUUUUUAAUUAUGAUGUUGAAUAAAAUUGUUGUAGCCUCUGGGUGAGUUUGAUCAGUUUUUAGUAGUGGUAAAGGUUUGCGUCUGGAAAAAUUCCCGGUUAAUGUUAUUUAUGUCGCUUAUCAUUUGAUUUUUAAUGUACCGAUCUAGAUAGUUUUUAGCGGACAUGUUGUUAGCAUAAGAUAUGACAAAAUUAUAGAUAUUUUUCAAAAACUAGAAUACAUUUUCAAAGAACUUUAACAAAAAUUCUGAAUUUUUCGACUCCAUUUUUAUAUCUAUCUACAAUAUAAGAUAUAUUAUGGAUGACGUAAUAUACAUUAUAUACCAUAAGCAUAUGAUCUAUUAUAUAAGAAUGAGUUCAUGACAUUAAAUCUUUGUUGACAUAAGUAUUGAAAUGAAAUGAUGAAAAUGAAAUAUUCAUUAAACAAUUACCGAUGAAUUAUCGAAGUCUUUGUACUUAAAAUCUGAAUUAUAAUGAUCGCGCUAAUUAGGUAGAUCUGUGAAGUCACAAAGUCGAUCGUCGAUGAAUGUCACACAUGGAUGAGUCAAGGACAGAAUUUGUAAGAAGAAAAUAUUGUAAUAAAUUUCCAUUAAGUAUUGGCUUUACGUAAUAACAUAAAGAAAUUCGCUGCUGUACGUGCCAGCUGAAAGCAAUAAAUCAUCAUUUUUAUAGAUUCUUAA